AUGGAUGCAACAUUCUUUUCACCAACAUCUGUGUUUUCAGACUCACAAAAGAUAUCCCAACAAUACCAUGGGGUCAAAAACACUAGCGAUGAACCCCAGAAGAAUGGAAACAGGUCAUUUUGGACCGUGUGCCCCUACUGUUAUUGCCUGCAUGAGUAUGAUGGGAUUUACGAGGAGUGUUGUUUGAGGUGUCAAAACUGUAGGAGGCCCUUUCAUGGGGUCGCAGUGCCGCCGCCUCCGGUGGGUGUGGUGGUGGAAGGGAAGGAGCAGUAUUAUUGUGGGGUUGGGUAUUUUCCGUUGAGGUACGAUUUUGAAGGUUGCUUGGGUGGCAAGAAAGGGGAAAGUGGUGGCGGUGAUUCUUGCUUCGAUGAAAAGAAAGGAAAUAAUGAGGCGUUUAAAGAAGUUGUGGAGAAUGUGGUGGUAAUCUCUGAUGAUAGUGAUGAUGAUUUAGGCAAUCAAGAGACUGGAGAAGACAAAAAUGGGGAAAAUAGUGGCCUGGGCGUAGAAGGAGAGAUGGUGAAGAAUGGGGUUGAUAGAGUCCAUGGGAAUGUGAGAGUUGGUGAGGCAGAGUCUGUGAUGCAAGGGAGUGUGAGAAUAGAGGUAAAAAAAGAGGGGAUGAAGGUGAUGGGGAAAGUUAAGUGGGUGGCAAGGAACACGAUGAAGGUGAUGGGGAAGGGGAAGAAAUAUAUAAAGCUGGAGUCAAGGGGGGAAUCUGGGAAUCGGAGGGGCGCGUAA